AUAUCAGAAGCUGUGCCGGGGUUUGGGCGCCUGUGGCUCCCGCUCUACGACGCCGCUUGCCAGGUGGCCCAGGAGGUGGCUGAGAAGAUCCAGGAGCGCAACCGGUACCAGAGGAACGGGGAGAGUUCAGCCAAGCUGAAUGUGAUUAUCAGAUCCUCGUUGCAGAACCUCAGAGAGAAGAUUGAUCAGCUGAGGGACUCGCUGCUUCGGGCUGUAUCAACACACCAGAUCACGCAGCUGGAGGGCGACAGGAGGCAGAACCUGGUGGACGACCUUCUCACAAGGCAGAAACAACUGGAGGCAUCUUACAAGAACGAAGGCCCGGAGCCAGACGUGAUCAGGUCCAGCCUAAUGACGGGAGGGGUCAAACGAGGCGUAACCAACCCGUGGCUCUUGGAAGAAUCUGAGGAAACCAGAGGGCUUGGCUUUGGUGAUCUCAGGCAGCAGCAGCGAAGGAUCAUAGAAGAGCAAGAUGCUGGACUCGAUGCGCUUUCUUCAAUCAUAUCCCGGCAGAAGCAAAUGGGGCAGGAAAUCGGGAAUGAGCUGGAUGAACAGAAUGAGAUCAUCGACGACCUCACGAACCUGGUGGAAAACACAGAUGACAGACUUCGCAACCAGACGCGGCACGUGAAGAUGGUGGACAAGAAAUCAACAUCCUGCGGAAUGCUGGUGGUGAUCGUGCUGCUGCUGAUCGCCAUUGCCGUGGUCGCUGUCUGGCCGACCCAUUAACGUGGGUAUGGAGCCCACCAGAGCUGCUGCUCGGCCCCUGAGCACCGAGACCUCUCCCCAAGAGACCGACUUUGUGCGAAGACCUUCUGUGUUCUGCAUCAACUCAACAGUCCCGGAAUGAAGCCGUGUCUGACAGCCAGCCCUCCGUCCUUGGCUGCACGGCUGAGGAGCUCUGCCUCAUUUGAAGGGUUGGAACUGAAAAAGGACUUUAUUCCCCCCUUCACUUGCCGCUCGGGAGGCUGCACUGGCCGUAAAAUAGAUGUUCUUCGAGGUGCUCCCUGCCUGGCCCAACACCGCUUCUGCCCAGCGGGCAGCCUUCCUGAGGGCUUUAAAAUACUAAAAUAAAGGUGUGGUUUGGGAGCACAGCGAUGGCGCCCGUCUGCCUUCUGAUACCUUCCUGCGGAAUGAAAGUGCUUAUGUUUUUUUCCAAGGAAUAGCUUUUUUGGGGAUGACUGCGUCUGGAUGGGAAAUGAGAGGACCCCAGGGAGCCCUGCGAGGCGGCAGGACCCCCGUGGGUGAGUCAGUCAGUCCCGUUUAUUGGGGUUGAUCUCCAGGGACAGAAACAUCAAUAGCAGCAGGACUCCAUCCAGGUGCUGGGGAAGGGGAAGCCCUGCCCAGCCUGUGCUCCCGAGGAAGGGGUUUUGUCCCCAGGCUCUCCCGGGCCGAGCGCAGGAGAUGCCCUGGUGUUACUCAUGUACUAAUCUCGGCCAUCGGGCUCUGCCUCUUUCUUUUAUAACUUUUCACACGCUGUUAAAACGGAAAGGAAGGAUUACCUAUGUGAAAACUAACAAAAAAGAAGUACUGAGUGUUUGCUUCGGGCCAAGAAAAUAAUUAUUUUGUUACAUGUGCCGGUUUGAUUUCAGAAUUGACAGAGCAAGCAAUAAAUAUUGAAUAAAAGCUGAUCCGUUUCUAUACAA